GUAGCGGCGCUGCGGGCCCCGGGGGCAGAGGUGGCGGCGGCGGGCGGGGGAGCCGAGUCGGGCGCCGCAGAGUCGGAGAGCGAACCGCCGCGAUGCCGUUAGAAGUGGAGCUGUGUCCGGGGCGUUGGGUGGGCGGGCGGCACCCCUGCUUCAUCAUCGCCGAGAUCGGCCAGAACCACCAGGGCGAUCUGGAAGUGGCCAAGCGCAUGAUCCGCAUGGCCAAGGAGUGCGGCGCCGACUGUGCCAAGUUUCAGAAAAGUGAGCUGGAACACAAGUUCAACCGGAAGGCCCUGGAGCGGCCCUACACGUCCAAGCACUCCUGGGGCAAGACCUAUGGGGAGCAUAAGCGGCACCUGGAGUUCAGCCACGACCAGUACAAGGAGCUGCAGAGCUAUGCCCAGGAGGUGGGCAUCUUCUUCACCGCCUCGGGCAUGGAUGAGAUGGCGGUUGAGUUUCUGCAUGAACUGAACGUUCCAUUUUUCAAAGUUGGAUCUGGGGACACUAACAAUUUUCCUUAUCUGGAGAAGACGGCCAAGAAAGGCCGCCCCAUGGUCAUCUCCAGCGGCAUGCAGUCCAUGGACACCAUGAAGCAAGUCUACCAGAUUGUGAAGCCCCUGAACCCCAACUUCUGCUUCCUCCAGUGCACCAGUGCCUACCCGCUCCCGCCGGAGGAUGUCAAUCUGCGGGUCAUCUCGGAGUAUCAGAAGCUCUUCCCUGACAUCCCCAUUGGGUACUCCGGGCACGAAACGGGCAUCGCCAUCUCAGUGGCCGCCGUGGCUCUGGGAGCCAAGGUGUUAGAGCGGCACGUGACUCUGGACAAGACCUGGAAGGGCAGUGACCACUCGGCCUCCCUGGAGCCCGGGGAGCUGGCGGAGCUGGUGCGGUCUGUGCGCCUCGUUGAGAGGGCCCUGGGCUCUCCGACCAAGCAGCUGCUGCCCUGCGAGAUGGCCUGCAAUGAGAAGCUGGGCAAGUCGGUGGUGGCCAAAGUGAAAAUUCCGGAAGGCACCAUUCUAACCCUGGACAUGCUCACCGUGAAGGUGGGUGAGCCUAAAGGCUACCCCCCUGAAGACAUCUUCAGCCUGGUGGGCAAGAAGGUCCUGGUUACCGUGGAGGAAGACGACACCAUCAUGGAAGACGCGGUGGAAAAUCAUGGCAAGAAAAUCAAGUCUUAGGGGCCGGAGUGAUAGGACAAUGGGUAAGGCGCUUGCCUUGCAUGUGGCCAACCCAGGUUCUAUCCCUCGCACCCUGUAUGGUGCCCCGAGCACAGCCAGGAGUGAUACCUGAGUGCAGAGCCAGGAGGAAGCCCUGAGCACUGCUGGGUGUGGCCCCAGCCUCCCCACCACCACCGGUCCACCCCUUCCCCCCACACAGCCAAAUCAAGACUUAAAAUAAAAGGC